AUGAGAGUCACUUCAGCUUGGGCCCUUGUGGCAGCCGUCACGGUCACUGCGAUGCCUCAACCAGUCUCCAAGAGAGAUCCUUUUCCGGCGGACGGUACUGUUGUGGGAGGUGUUCCCCAUCGCCCAUUCAGAAUCCGGAGACAAGCCGCCGCGCCAGCGACCCCUCAGGGCAAUCAACUCAUCCCGGUGGUGGUCGGAGGAGCGCAGGAUACAUUCGUCCCGAACUUGAUCAUGGCCCAGGUCGGCGACGUCGUUCAGUUCCAGUUCAGCAAUGGCAACCAUACCGUGACGCAGAGUGCCGAAGGCGCCGCAUGCCAACCUCUUCAAGCUCAGGUUCCGACGGCUAUUCACAGCGGCCAUGUGCCCUUCAAGGACGGACAGGCUAUGGUUGGAACGUUCAACAUGCCGAUUACGAGUGCCGACCCGAUGUUCCUAUACUGCGCCACGGGACCUCAUUGUCAAGAGGGACAGGUCCUGGUCAUCAACCCCACCAAUGCGAACCAAGUCGUCCAAUACUCAAAGUUGGCCGCUGCCGCUAAAGCGAAUGUCGACGGAACCACAGUAAGCGGCGGUGCCGUUGGACAGAUCCCCCUCGCAAAUGCUGCGUUUGUCCCAGCACCAGCCCAGGGAGCUGGCGGCGGUGGUCCUCCGGGAGGUGGUGCUGGUGGUGCUCCGGCUGCAGCCCCGGCGGCUCCGGCUACACCGGCAAACCCGGCUCAGGAUCCUGCGGCAGCACCUCCGGCCGAAGCGCCCGCUGCUCCUCCGGCAGAAGCUCCAGCAGCUCCCCCGGCCUAAAUAGUGUCUGAUUUGCGACCGAACUCAGGAAGUUUGGGCCCCGCGACAAGCAACCUUCACCAAAUUGAGCAAGCGUAGACAAUCUUGAGCAGCGCGCUUAAGAGAAUUGGUGCGGGUGUGCAAAAGUCACGUUUUGUCAAUGGAGAGAGGAGUAAUCCAUGUGUAUGUAAUAACAGUUUUGUACAUGCUAUUGCCGUCCGCGGCGAGGGGUUUGACGUUGAUCGAUGUUCUCACGAAUGUACGGCGAACUCAGGACGGGCGCUGUAUUCCGAGGUCGAGAAAAUAUAAAUGCCAUAAACGAAUCAACGAAGCUAGAAGCUUGAGGGAUUCCGUCAUUUCAAAGUCGCCUUGAGGUUAACUUUCUGGUUACCGUGGCAUGUACACGAUGCCCAAUUUACCUUCCUAGCGGAAUAU